UCGCGAUGGAGGUUCAGUGCCGUUUCGACAAGCAGACGGAACGGAAGCUGUUCGCGUUUUCCUCGUGCACUGGUGUCACACGCUGUCGAAACAUUUAUCCCGGAUAACAUUCUCGCUUAACUCCUGCCGGUGCUUGACCUCGCAGCAGAACUAGAAAUCGUUUGGUGAGCUAAUUGCCAUAGACUCGGAGGAACGGGAAAAUAAAAAAAGGCCGGAGGCAACGAUUGGAGGCAACUCGAACGUGGACGGAGAGAUUAUUCGAUCGCGAUCGCUGGACGGAACGAAACGGGACGCCAUUGGUUCGAGGGUGGCGAGGUCCGACGGAAAAUCGAGUUAACAUCGAAUCGAGUCGGAUCAACCGCGUGGGUAGAAGGAAAAGUAACAGGAGCAGAGGGGAGAAACGGAAGCAAAGGCAGAAGGAAGGGGGUAGCUUGAUCUCGAGGAUAAAGGAGGAGGAAAAAGGAGAGGAUAUUAGGUUUGCGGAAGAGGCGGUUGGACGAGUGGUCGGGGUGGCUGGGUUUCGAGCGACCAACAAGCUAACCGUCUGCUGUCAGCCAAUGCCUUCUUGAGCUGAUACCUUGUUCGCGGUCUGAAGAAGCGACAUGGCCGAUCUCGAGAGGAUUAGAUUAGUGGUGCUGGGCGGUGCAGGUGUCGGUAAAAGCGCCAUCAUACGCAGACUGCUCGGCCAAGGAUUCAACGAGAGAUACAGGCCUACUGUCGAGGAUCUCUACUCGAGGGAAUGCGUUCUAGGCACGCUCACGUUGAAAGUCGACCUCCUGGACACCGCCGGCGAUUUGCAGUUUCCAGCUAUGAGGAGAUUAAGCAUAGCCACUGCUCACGCGUUUCUCCUCGUCUACGCUACAACCUCGUUACCGAGCUUCGAGUGCGUGAAGCAAUGCUUUGAAGAAGUUAGGGAACAACGGCCCGAUUUUCAGGAAGUGCCGAUCGUCGUCGCCGGAAACAAGUUGGACCUCGCGGCGACGCGACGAGAGGUGCCCAUCGAGGAUGUCAGCGAGUGGCUAUUUUGCAAAUUACCGAAGCUUCGCGCGAAGGUGAUGGAGUGCUCCGCCAAAGACGAUUACAACAUCAAAGACGUGUUCCGAUGUUUCGUCACGCUGUCCAGAAUCGUACAGAAGAACAAUACCGGCGAGACGGACGAAUCGGGGCUGAGACGAAGGUGUUCCGCGUACGGAUCGCGCAGGUCUGGCAGCCCACACGGCAGAACAGGGAGCGCCGGUGGACACGGUGGAAAUUCGCAGCAAACAGUGGCGGCGCAAGGUUCGAACGUGGUCGCAGUCACCGAGGAGACGAAAAUCAAACCGCGCAGCCGCAGCUUGAUCAGACGCGCCUCGCGGAAAACGAAGCAGCAAAUCAGAGAUUCUCAUACGGACGACUGCAACAUCUCGUAAUUUAAUCAACGCACCCUCCACUCUCCACCGCCCGCCUUCUAACCCCCUCUGUGUGUCGACAACUGAUAAUAAAAUCGAUAAGAUCGAACACGCUCGACUCGACGCGUGCGAAACGAUUGUCCACGCCGACGCGACUCGACGCGAUUCAAUCCACUUAGGAGACGAUGAUACGGAAAACAGAUGAUUAUCAUCCCACAAGAAAUCGUGCAACCACGUUCCCGUGGCUCCGUAAACUGUUAAAAAAUUGCUCACGAAAACGCUCCUAUACGAUUAAGGGUCUCGUCAUUAAAACUCGAAAUUCGAAUACGUUUGCUGCCCCUUUUCUUUCGAUCAAAUCGGUCUGCCGGAUAUCACGCGGAGUGAUUUGAAAAGAAACUUGUCCUCGAAACUGUGGUCAAAUGGAUGUUCUGUUAUUACAUAUGUAUGUACAUAGCUGCCGGCCACUCGAAAUGACGAUCGCUCAAGCUUGAGAAAUCUAAACAGCAGCGAAGCUGAUUCGCUACCACUGUAUUCCCAACAUUGAUCAAUUAGCGGAACGAGACGGUAUUGUACAUAGCAAUCACUAUGAGAAGGUAUAAAACGAUGGUCGGAACGAAAUAUGUAAUUCCUGUUCCGUUCCGUUCCAUUCGAUUUUCGCAAAUAUUUGUUUCAAUAAAACACCGGCUCGGGCGAGUUUUCGCAAACAUGAAAAUAUGUAUUUGUAUCUCGGCAAAUAUGCACACGUAUCGUAUACGUAUGUAUGUAUGUAUGUAUGUAUUGCGUGUAGGUAAGGUCAAGUUAUAUGUAGUUACGAGAAACGUUAAUGAAACGGCAAUCUGUCCGGAACACGCAGCGUUUCAUUGUUGUUACGCUGGUCCAGGGAUGAAGGACCUUUUGGAAAGCUACAGUUGUUCGUGAAACUAUACGAACGACUGACAAUGAAAUAACAAAUGAACAAAUGGAAUUUCCACGUUCGAUUCACGUUUGCAAAAUAAAGACACAACUCGAGUAUACGUACAUGCUAAGGUUAACUAUACUCUUAUAGUUUUUUUUCCUCUUUUGUUCACGGACCACAAAGACAAGACAAAACCGUUAAAAACUUCUAAAUGCUAUGUUUUGAGAAAUCACGACUUUUAAUUUUUAUUUAGUAGAAGGAACACUGUUUGAGAAUUUUUAUAACAUUUAAACAGAAACGGUACAUAAGUAAGAAUAGCUUUGAAACGCAGCGUUGCACGUCAGUGCCCGCCAGGGAUGGGCAGAAUUUACUUAAAAUACUAUUUCAAUUACGAAUAAAUUACUAAUUCGAAUAUAAAAUACACAGAUAACUUGUGGCUUUCUAAUACAUACAUACAUACACAUAUUAGCGUUUUAUAUUCAAUAGUUUGGCAAGAACUAGAAAAUACUUUAUUUCAUUUCAGUAUUCUAUUCAGUUUCGUUCGGGUAACGAAUAAUUAAUGCACAACUAAAUGAAAAACUUUAUAAUAAUAUUGUAGCAGAGGUUACAGAUUUUAAACAACCAACGACACAUACGUUUUAAGGUUACGUUUAUUUAUAUAUAACAUGGAUCAUUUUCAUACACGAUACUCUCAACUGCGUUCGGCUAUAUAGAAAAACAAAAGACUACGCGCGCGCGCCUGCCAAGGAAGGAAAAGGGAAAUCCCUCCAACACAUGCAUGUUUGCCAACAUUCCCAACAAAUAUAAAUUCUUUAUGAAUUUUUGUCAAGUUUCUCGUAAACUUUAUAUUUUAUCACUAUCAAAUGCAACGUGUCAAAUUGUUCGUCGUUUGUUACAAUUACUGAAUACGUAUGUUCAUAUAUUAUACGUACAAUGUACUUCGAUAACAAAUCGUUCAAAAGUGCUCAUCCCUGGUACAAACGUUGCACACCGUACAAAGAAAAGAAACUGUCGGUUGAUAUUAUGGUGUCUGGAUGAAGGCGAACCGCAUAUCAAUUUUUAUAAUUCCAUACACGAUUUAAUUAAAUCUAUUUUUCGAUACGUCUUUUGUACGUGUAUAAGCUUACAAACGGCGUAGAUGCAUUUACAGGCGAAACUACGCGAACGCGAUUCUCGUUUCACCGCUAGAUCGAUGCACGAAAUUAAAUUUUCGAGAGAAUCUCUGCAACGUCUACGGACGCGUAUUUAUUCGUCGAGAUCGAAGCGGCGAGAUCAACGCGAGUCGUGUAAAAAUGUUUCUGAGCUUGAUAGAUCGAACGGAAGCAAGAGAUUUAUAAAUCGCGCGUAAUAUUGUUUUCUUUAAGUAUUAAUCGAUCCACGAACGAAUAAAUACUAUCAUUAAAGUUUAUGGAAUAGAGCAGUGGAUUCCAAAUUCUUUGGGCGACGUCCUUCUAAAAGACAGAACAUUUCUGUAUCCGUAACAAGUGAUAGACUUUCAAAUAAUAUAAGAAAAGUAUAAUUCAACGAUUAAACUUCAGUAACUCACACGUUGACUGUCAUGGCGGCCACUAGUGACUGACGCCUCGAACCUACGUAUUUUCAAUAAAUCUUAACACAUGUAAAUGUUUAAAUAAUGUCAUUGAGACACUAAGAAUAUUAAAAAAUAGUAAAGAAAUGUCCCUACAUAGGGAAAUCUGGCAUGCCAGUCAACGUGUUAAUAUAUUAAUCGAAAAAAUGUUUACGUGUUCUAGGUUAUAAAGGGUAUAGCCGAAUAAGGGGGUCAAAUAUGCCCUUGAACCAAAUGUGACAUACGAUGACAUCGAUAGAGCAUCAAGAAAAAACGUUCUGUGCCAAAUUUUAACCCUCUAUCUUGUUUGGAAGGGUAGUUAUUGAGAAAUUUCGGAUUAACAAAAUUGUGCUUAUUUCCUCUAUUUAAUCAAGUACAAAAAUUAUGAAAAAAAUCUGGUGCAUUGUGGUUAU